AUGGCGCCCCUUGGCCUGAGUCUGUGGCCGUUGCUGCCCAUGACGCGUCCUUGUCCGGGCACGAACGCCAGCGCUAGGCUCUGCAGAAUUAGGACUAAAGUCUGCACGGCACCAUCUUUUGGGAGAUGUCUACGAAGUGAGCUCUGGACAAGGUGCUGGAAAAAGGAAGAUGCUCGCCCACCCCGGUUUUUUGGUACGUGGGAGCGUUUGCAGUCACAAAACCAGCGAGUUAAUGGUGUUAAUAAUUAUCUUGGGAGACAGCGAGAGCCAUCUGUGUGUCUGUGCCAUUCGGCCCCUGCUGCUGUGGUCCGACAAAAGGCUCUGGAUGAGAAAACAGAAGAGUUCAAACUGGUCUACAGGUUUCCGGGGAUUAAGUACUGCAGGGUGCUGUCCAGACUGAAGCUGUUGCAGACUGCCACCACCGUGGUCAUGCUGCCUCCCAUCUGCUACCUCUAUCUGCAAGACCAGGUUUCUCAGAAUAUCCUCUUGUACACAACUGGCCUUGCGUUCUUCGCUGGUGCAAUGUUGUAUGGUAUGAGCUACUUUUUGAGACGAAUUAUUGGAUUAAUCUACUUAAAUGAAACUGGCCGUACUGUCAAAGUGGCCCACUUGACGUUUUGGGGAAGACGGAAUGACAUUUACUGUCCCCUAGAGACAGUGAUGCCUUUGGAUGAAGCUGGAGAUAGCAAGGGGGAGCUACUUCUCCAGUUCAAACGGUAUAAUAGUACAGAUAUUUUAUAUUUUACGAUAAAGUUUGGCCAGAUUGUAGACAGACAGAAGUUUACCCAAAUAUUUGGAGAAUUUGAGUGAUACAGCAGCUAAUUUCCAGUGAUCUUCCUUGUUGCGUGUUCAUUGUGCUUAUUCUUCUGUGAAGUUUAGUUAGUUUACCAAACUGACAUACCUCUGUCAUUUUCCUAUGCAAAGCCUGCUGGUAAGUGCACUCAGUGUAGAAAGUAGAAAUGGUAAAGAACAAUCCACUGGAUUAAAUGUCUUUGCAGCUUGUUUAAGGUGUGAGCAGGGUCUCUUCUGCGUUGGAUACAGUGAUGUGCGUGGUGCGCUGUCACCAGCAGUUCCAAGUCUAAACUGUCCUAUGUGGAACGUGCAGGAGGAGGCUGAAUUACUGAUGCUGACCCUGACUGUUUCAGCUGGCCUCUUAGAUUGUUUUUAAAUGGGAAAAACUCUUGGAAGUGAAAUGCAGUAACUCUGCCAGAGCAUCCUCACUUUAAAUUCAUUGUUCCUUUUAGCGAAUUUUAGGUUGACUGGGAAGCCUCUUGAAAUUAAAACUUGUCUCAUCCAUACAUAUGAUAAAUAAUGCUGAAUGUCAGAGAUAGACACGCUCAUGCAUUAGUAAAAUGGAGGUAACUGAAAGAGCGGUAUGUAAUGCUGUGUAAGGUGCGUGGGGUCUCUUGGCAAGGUCUUCCAGGGUGUGAACAUAACUGGGCAAAACAAGGGUGCAUGUUGCAAGACACAUGGACGGUUCAGCUGUAAGGGUAAGUUAAAGGCUGGACAGCGUUUCGGGAGCCUCUCAUAGAAAUUGCUUUCUCAUUGGAAUAAAGGAAGAACAUACCUAAACUAUGUUGCUGUGAGUUACAGGGACAGUCUGUGAUCCUUUGUUCAGUUUGGAUCCUAAUGAUCAUCUGAAAAUUUGGAACUACUUGUCCUCCUUUGCAUAUAUUCAUGUUUGUGUUUGUUUUGUAUGUAUGAAUGACAUGUAAUCAAUGCUGUAACACUUGAGUUGCAAAAACUUCAGUAAACGUUACCAAAAUUAUC